AUGGAUACUGUUGGAAUAUUGGUAUGCUACAAUGGAAGUUGGGUUAAGAAGGAUAACAUUGAGAGUUACGAAGGUGGGGAGGCUAAAGGCAUAAUAGUGUCACGGAAUGUAACGUUUUCCGACCUUGUUCAGCGCAUUUAUAAGAUCAUGGAUGCAGAUCCCACGAAAUAUAUUGUCACACUGAAAUAUUCAGUUCCUGUAUCCUCAUCUGUCUGUAAGCAUAUAAGGGUUGAAGACAAUGAUGAUGUUAAAUAUUUUGUAAAGUACAACACAGAUGUUAUGGCCUCUAAAGUAACCCCUUUAGUAGCAAGCUUGAAAAAUAUUGAAGGUCAUGGUAUUGAAGGGUGCAAUGGCAUUGUAAGCGUUGAGAGUAGCAAUGCUCCUGCUGACUUUGUUGUGGAACAAAGAAAUGUGGUAAUUCGGGACAAUGAAACUGAAAAUGGUGGGAAUGAUUUUAAUUGGAGUGAUUGGGUUGAAGAAGUGAAUUUUGAAAGUGGUGAAAACAUAGUUGCUGAUUUCAAUGAACCUAGCAACGAAGAGGAACCGCAGUCUGCUCCGAUUCUGCAUCCUCAUGAGGACAGCAAUGUCGAACCGUCCACUGUGCAGUGUAGACAGGUGCAAUCCGAACCUCCCCGACAAUCAAGUUCGACUGAAAUGCAUACAAGUCGGGGUGAUUUGAAGCAUGGUCAGAGUUUGGAAUAUAUUCAGUAUGGUGGAGGCGUUUCGUGCAUAAAUUGGGAAGCAAAUUUGAAGGUUGGCCGAGUUUAUCCAAAUAAGAUUGCCCUUUUAAAAACCAUCAGUUUAGCAGCUAUUACAGGCCACUUUCGAUUGAGAACUGUCCAAUCUGGGAAGCAUCGGUUGUGUGUUCGCUGUUGGCAGCUUCCUUGCCCUUGGAAAGUUCGGGCAUAUAAAGUUGGAUUACAUGAGUUUAAGGUUGUUAAAUACGAUCCACUUCAUGAAUGUGAUAUAACGUAUAUAAGUAGUCAUCAUCCUCAAGCUACGACUGAACUGCUGUCUGACUGUGUUAAGUGGAGAUUUCAGGAUUCGCGCAGCAUUUAUACAGCAGCUGAUAUCAAGAAAGAUGUGAAACAAAAUUUCGGUGUGAGCAUAAGCUACUCUACAGCGUGGAGAAGCCGAGAGUUAGCUUUCAAAAGAAUUAGAGGGUCUGCAGAAGAGUCGUAUUCCCUUCUCCCUUCCUAUUGUUAUGAAUUGGAGCGUACAAAUCCGGGAACUUUGACAUACAUUGAGACUGAUGCAGCUGAUCACUUCUUAUAUUUUUUUAUGGCAAUUGGUGCAUGCAUACGAGGAUUUAAGUCGUCAAUGCGGCCCGUGAUUGCUGUUGAUGCUACUCAUUUGAAGUGCAAGUAUAGAGGUGUUUUGUUUGUUGCGACCGCAUUUGAUGGAAAUCGGAACAUAUAUCCUAUUGCCUUUGGGAUUGGAGAUUUGGAGACGGAUGCAGCUUGGGAGUGGUUUUUGAGAAAACUACAUUGUGCAAUUGGUGAUUGCUCGAAUCUCGUUGUCAUAUCAGAUCGCAAUGUUAGCAUACAAAAUGGGUUGCGUAGAGUUUUUCCUGGGGCAAGCCAUGGUAUUUGCUUUUAUCACUUGAAAGGCAAUAUCAAAGCCUCAUUUAAGUUGAAGCAGCGGGAUCCGAUAUUGGGGUAUUUUGUAAGGGCAGCUAAGUCUUAUCGUCUAGCGGAGUUCAAUCGUCACUUUUCCAGGAUAAACAAUGACCGAGUGCGAACUUAUUUACUACGUGCAGGCAUCCAGAAGUGGUCUCGGGCCCAUUGUGAUGGACGACGAUAUAAUGUGAUGACAACGAAUAUUGUGGAGUCCAUUAAUUCAGUUCUUCGGUUUGCAAGGAUGCUUCCGGUGCUACACUUGAUUGACGAAAUUACAAAUCUACUUGUCUGUUGGUUUAGGCAACGUCGAGAGUUAGCAAUGAAAUCUCAUUCUACGUUGUGCCCUGAUUUAGGGGAAAUUAAGUUAAGGAAGAGGUUAGACGCUGCGUCAAGGAUGAAUGUGGUCAAAAUCAAUGACGUCGAGUAUAAUGUUCUGGAUGGUGAUUUGAACGGUCUGGUGCACUUGCAAAACCGUAGUUGUACAUGCAGGAAGUUUGACUUGGAGCAACUCCCGUGCAAGCACGCUAUUGCGGUAUGUCGGCACUUGAAAUUGAACCCCUACUCCUUUGCCUCUUCUUAUUAUACACGAGCUACAUGGGCAGCUGCAUAUGCUGAAUCUAUUUAUCCUGUACCACCUGAAGGCACAUGGGUUAUUCCCCAAAAUGUGAAGAAGGUCAAAAUCCUCCCUCCUCUUUGUAAUGUUAUGCCGGGCCGUCGCAAAACGCAAAGAAUAGCUUCGAGAGGAGAGGAGUCCCGUCAAAAAAAAUGCUCAAGGUGUGGUGUGAAGGGCCACUACCGAAGUACAUGCAAACAAUCUGUCCCUCUCACCAACAAGCAGCACGUUGCGUAG